CGGCCUGCCCCCCGCCCCCACUGGCCGCUCGACCGCUCGCGGGUCGGCCGGCUCUAUGGGGAAAGCGGCCGCUCCGAGCCGAGGCGGCGGCUGUGGCGGCCGCUCCCGCGGGCUCUCGUCGCUGUUCACGGUUGUCCCCUGCCUGUCGUGCAACACGGCGGCGCCGGGCAUGAGCGCUUCCAUGUCCGGCUCCGGGCCGGAGCCCAAGCCCCAGCCCCAGCCCGUGCCCGAAGCGGAGCGAGGACCGCUGUCAGAACAGGUGUCAGAGGCAGUUUCGGAGGCAGUGCCAAGAUCGGAGCCUGUGUCCGAGACGACGUCUGAGCCGGAGCCAGGGUCUGGGCAGGCAUCGGAACUGCUGCAGGGGUCGCGGCCCGGGUCAGAAUCAAGUUCAGGUGUAGGGGCUGGGCCCUUCACUAAGGCCUCAUCAGAGCCGCUCUCCCGGGCGGUGGGGAGCGCGCCCUUUCUCAGACCCGAGUCAGGAUCGCUGCCAGCGUUAAAGCCCCUGCCUCUUCUGCGACCAGGACAGGCGAAGACUCCUCUUGGGGUUCCAAUGUCGGGGACUGGCACGACCUCCAGUGCCCCACUGGCCUUACUGCCUCUGGACAGCUUCGAGGGCUGGCUUCUCAAGUGGACCAACUAUCUGAAGGGCUACCAGCGCCGCUGGUUCGUGCUGGGCAAUGGUUUGCUCUCUUACUACAGAAAUCAGGGUGAAAUGGCCCACACGUGCCGUGGAACCAUCAACCUGUCCACCGCGCACAUUGACACGGAGGACUCUUGUGGUAUCUUGCUGACCAGUGGGGCCAGGAGCUACCACCUCAAGGCCAGCUCAGAGGUGGACCGGCAGCAGUGGAUCACCGCCCUGGAGCUGGCCAAGGCCAAGGCUGUCCGCGUGAUGAACACUCAUUCAGAUGACUCUGGGGACGACGACGAGGCUACCACCCCAGCCGACAAAAGCGAGCUGCACCACACCCUGAAGAAUCUUUCCCUGAAGUUAGAUGACCUCAGCACGUGCAAUGACCUCAUUGCCAAGCACGGCGCCGCACUCCAGCGCUCCCUGACAGAGCUGGAUGGCCUCAAGAUCCCAUCCGAGAGUGGGGAGAAGCUGAAGGUGGUGAACGAGCGGGCCACCCUCUUCCGCAUCACAUCCAAUGCUAUGAUCAACGCCUUUCCCCCUGCCUCAACCUGCGGGGAGGAGACCUUCAUCUGUCCAAUGGGGGUGACUGCACUCCUCCCACCUGGAGAAUUUUGCCAGGCCUGCAGGGACUUCCUGGAACUAGCAGAGAUACACAGUCGGAAAUGGCAGCGGGCACUGCAGUAUGAGCAGGAGCAGCGCGUGCACUUGGAGGAAACCAUUGAGCAGCUGGCCAAGCAGCACAACAGCCUUGAGCGGGCCUUCCGCAGUGCCCCCGGCCGGCCGGCCAACCCCUCCAAGAGCUUCAUUGAGGGAAGCCUCUUGACUCCCAAAGGAGAGGACAGUGAGGAAGAUGAAGAUACCGAGUACUUUGAUGCCAUGGAAGACUCCACAUCCUUCAUCACCGUGAUCACCGAGGCCAAGGAAGACAGAAAAGCUGAAGGUAGCACCGGGACAAGUUCCGUGGACUGGAGCUCAGCAGACAGUGUACUAGAUGGUGCCUCGCUCGUGCCCAAGGGUUCAUCCAAAGUCAAGAGGCGAGUCCGCAUUCCCAACAAGCCCAACUACAGCCUUAAUCUCUGGAGCAUCAUGAAGAACUGCAUCGGCCGGGAGCUCUCCAGGAUCCCCAUGCCGGUGAACUUCAACGAGCCCCUGUCCAUGCUCCAGCGGCUGACAGAGGACCUGGAGUACCACCACCUGCUGGACAAGGCGGUGCACUGCACCAGCUCAGUGGAGCAGAUGUGCCUGGUGGCUGCCUUCUCUGUGUCCUCCUACUCCACCACGGUGCACCGCAUCGCCAAGCCCUUCAACCCCAUGCUGGGGGAGACCUUCGAGCUGGACCGCCUCGAUGACAUGGGCCUGCGCUCCCUCUGUGAGCAGGUGAGCCACCACCCCCCGUCAGCUGCGCACUACGUGUUCUCCAAGCACGGCUGGAGCCUCUGGCAGGAGAUCACCAUCUCCAGCAAGUUCCGGGGAAAAUACAUCUCCAUCAUGCCACUAGGUGCCAUCCACUUAGAAUUCCAGGCCAGUGGGAAUCACUACGUGUGGAGGAAGAGCACCUCAACUGUGCACAACAUCAUUGUGGGCAAGCUCUGGAUCGACCAGUCAGGGGACAUCGAGAUUGUGAACCAUAAGACCAAUGACCGGUGCCAGCUGAAGUUCCUGCCCUACAGCUACUUCUCCAAAGAGGCAGCCCGGAAGGUGACAGGAGUGGUGAGUGACAGCCAGGGCAAGGCCCAUUACGUGCUGUCUGGCUCAUGGGAUGAACAAAUGGAGUGCUCCAAGGUCGUGCAUAGCAGUCCCAGCAGCCCCAGCUCUGAAGGGAAGCAGAAGACAGUGUACCAGACCCUGUCAGCCAAGCUGCUGUGGAAGAAGUACCCGCUGCCGGAGAAUGCGGAGAACAUGUACUACUUCUCAGAGCUGGCCCUGACCCUCAACGAGCACGAGGAGGGCGUAGCGCCCACUGACAGCCGCCUGCGGCCCGACCAGCGGCUGAUGGAGAAGGGCCGUUGGGACGAGGCCAAUACCGAGAAGCAGCGGCUGGAGGAGAAGCAGCGCCUGUCGCGGCGCCGGCAGCUGGAGUCCUGCGGGCCCGGCAGCAGCUGCAGCUCGGAGGAAGAUGAGACCAUCUAGCUCCAGGAAAACAAGCUCGGGCUCCCACUGAUUCUACAUUAUGCCUUGUGCAAAGGACCUCACCACAGAUCAGCCAGACCAUCUUCCUCCUCCCAAGUCAUCAGAGUUCCAAGCUGGUCACCUGUCCCUUGAUGUUCCCAGGAAACCGGGAAAGAGGACCCCUGCAUUUUAUCUUCCCAUCCAGAAUGGCAGGAUCUCUGCCUGGGAAACAGGCUGCAUUCAGCACAGCUGCGGUAGCAUUAGCAAAGUGGGCACAUCUAGAAGUUGAAGCUAAAACAUUCAAGAACUCCAGUCUGUUUCUGUGGAUGUUAAGGGGGUGAAGAUAAAACAAUGGAGGUGAUGAGGAGGAAUAACUUGAAGACAGUUUAAAGCCACAGUGGUACAAAGAAUGAAGAGAAGGAAGGUGCUGGAUUUUACUUAGAAAACAGACUGAGUUCAGGAGUCUCACCAGUAGAAGUUUAUAGUAUUGCAUUUCGAUUACAUGUGUGUGAAUUUUAAAAAUUGAUUACCCUCCAGUAAAAAUGUGUAACCAACUUGCGUUUGGAUUAAAACAUUAGGUUUGGGGACAAAAGUGGACCCCAUGCUGCCUGAGAUGAACAGAGAGAGCAGGAUAGCAGAGGAAUCACCAGCUCAAGAAACCCCAAGACUUGGACAGUCUUCCAGCAGAAGAGGCCAGGGUCUCUCAGUGACUACUCCAAACAGGCCUCUCCCAGAGAUGUAGUCUGGGAAGGCCCAAAACCCACCAGACAGGCACAUCCAGUGGGAAAAAGACUUCCCAUUCCAGGGUGGCCUGCAUCCCUCACCUCUGCUUCCCAGUCUUCUGCUGACCUCAGAGCAGCAGGGUGGCCAUUGCCGAUCUGGGUUAGGGAGAUGCCAGAAACACACCCAGGUUUGAACCACAGGUUAGUGGUACAAAGUCACAGUCCUUGUGCCCUCAGAAAACCCAGAGGCGCCAAAUAUGAGUGGGAAGAGAGUUGGGAAAAACUGAACCAGAUUCUUCCAAUGGCCAUUAAAGAGAAAAUUCAGCAACGCUUGCCUUUGUCUUUGACCCUGAGAAGUUAAGGGACACAGAUUGCAGCGCUGUGAUGGAACAUGGAGGGAAGGAAUGGUGUGCUUCCUGCAGAGAUGCCUCUGGAGUCCCUAUGGCCAGGGGAUCUCACUGGCCCCCUCCUCAGGCACCUUGAUGGGGCUCAGUGGGGCCAGGCUGAAGGGUGGAAGUAGAAAAGCAUCAACAGGCUGUCCAGAUCAACUGGCACCAUCCAAGGCCCUGCUGCACCCACACAUGGAGGUCACCAGCUCAGCCCCAGGGGUUCUUUCACACACAAGCUCCUUCCCUAAGGAGUCCUGUGGGGUUCCACACUCUGUGCUGCCCAAGUCAGAGAUUCACCACAGAUCUGUCUCCCCCUCAACCUGGACUCAAGUUACUGCGGUGAGAAACCUCACUGACCAUGGUUAACUGAAGAAAUCCCUCCUUCAGAAAGAACUUGAGUAGUAGAUGAGGUGGUUAGACAGGAUCUUUCUCCCCCAAGCUGUUUGGACAACGCCACAGCCAGGACCAACUCUGACAGCUCAAGAGAGCGAGCCCCUCCAAUGUGGAACCUCCUACACAGCCCCCCUUUUGGGUCCCCGGAUAUGAGCCCCCAGCAGGACCACCACUCUGGGGGGAAGUCUCCCUCCCAUCCCUCAGAUCCCCACAUUGUUCCUCCUCUAGGAGAAAUGUCAGCCCUGACCCUGGAGCUUCCCCAAGAUGGCAGUGGACUCGGUUAUCUUGAGGAGCCAGGAGCUGAAGUGGCUCCGGCUUAGCAACCCAGCGUGGCCAAAGUGGAAAGGUUCUCUGUCCUUUGCAGUCACCAAAAAAAAAAAAA